AUGGGGUUGGCCCUUGGUCCUGUGGUGCGUCUCUGGACUAGAGAACUCUAUAGAUCCAUACAACAGUCGACAAGUUGGGAUCAGAAAUUUUGCUUAUCCGAAGAGGGUAGAAAUGAAAUUCUAUUUUGGCAUGAAAACUUUUCGAACAGUGGCCAGCCCAUUUGGGCUGCAUGUCCAAUCAUUGAAGUGAUGACAUAUUCCGAUGCCAGUGAUGUGGCAUGGGGUGGAUAUGCAGUUCAAUUGGGUGGGCAGACAGCUGUGGGCAGCUGGUCGGAGAAUGAGAGUGUAAAAAGCUCUACGUUUCGGGAGUUAAGGGGUGCGAGAUUGGUGUUAGAGUCAAUGGCACCACAGUUGGAGGGAAAGGAAGUGCGUCAUAGGACAGACAGCCAAAGUGCAGAAAGAAUUAUGACAGUCGGUAGUCGAAAUCCAGAACUACAUAAGGAAGCCAUCUUGCUCUACAAAGUAUGUAGAGAACAUAAUAUUCGUUUGUCGGUUGAGUGGGUCAGUCGAGAUUUGAACGAGGAUGCGGACUACCUAUCUAGAUUGGAUGAUCCAGACGAUUACAAGUUAGAUCCAAAAGUAUUUGGAUCUAUUGACAAUUGUUGGGGCCCACACACAUAUGAUCGGUUUGCUAGUAUGAAAACCAACCAGCUACCACGUUUUUCAAGCAAGUAUAUGAACCCCGGUUGUGAUUCGACCGACGCAUUCACCGUUUCUUGGGUGGGUGAGAACAAUUGGCUUUUCCCUCCACCAUACUUAAUCCCUCGUGUGUUGCGCCAUAUGAAUGCCAAUAACGAAUAUGGUACUUUGCUUAUCCCUUACUGGCCUUCAGCACCAUGGUGGCCGUUGCUCAUCAACAAGCGGGGUUGUUGGAACUCGUUUGUGACAGGCUGCCUGGAACUUUCUACAUACAAUGGCAUAUUUAUAUCAGGAUCAUUGUCAAGCAAUAUAUUUACUGCGGGUGUGCCGCCUUUCGAGCUGCGGGCUCUCCAGUUGCGAUUCAAGUAGCAUGUGGUGGGAGGUCGUUUGGACCAAAGAACCCACAAGGUCGUGUGGACCAUAAAUCUACUGAGGUCGUUUGGACCUGUAGAUGAAAGUACAUUUAUAUUAGUGUUGAAUAAAAAAUCAUUGCCCUAUUUGUCGUUUGGACUAGCAAGGGGUAGGUCAUGUUGACCGGCGAAUAUUUUGUUGAGACUGUAUUUACGCAUGUAUUAGUUUUAACAUUAGGUCGGUUUGACCUGUGGCAUGUGUAGUAGGGUUUGCAUGGUUGUGUUGACCAUGGCAUGUACUGUAUAUAGAUAUUGUUUAUUAUAUGAGCUAUUUGGGCUGAGGGGUUUAAUAUAAUAUAUGGUUAUGUAGGUUAAUCUGCCUUGUUCUUGCAGACCAUAAAUCUACUGAGGUUGUUUGGACCUGUAGAUGAAAGUACAUUUAUAUUAGUGUUGAAUAAAUCAUUGCCUUUUAUGUCGUUUGGACUAGCAAGGGUAGGUCAUGUUGACCAGCGCAUAUUUUGUCGAGACUGUAUUUACACAUGUAUUAGUUUCAACAUUAGGUCGGUUUGACCUGUGUGCAUGUGUAGUAAGGUUUGCAUGGUUGUGUUGGCCAUGUGCCAUGUCCUAGUGAGAUUCAAGUUGAAAACUGGCUUGAUCUUGAUCGGUUUGAUGAUCCAGAAUUGAAGAAGCUGGCUGAAUUGCUGCCUAGUAUCAUCAUUCAGGACAGAGCUGAGGGCACUAUAAAAACGUAUAUUAGUGCCUAUAGGCUUUGGAAACGUUGGGCGUGUACUCAUGGCGUAUGUCCAAUUCCGGCGGACGGGACCGCCUUGGCAUUGUAUAUUGUGUCCUUGAUACAACAACGACGAUCGGUGUCGUCGAUUAAUUCAGCAGUAUAUGGCAUUGAUUGGAUCCAUAAAAAGAAUGGCUAUGGACUUCCUAGCGUACAUUCUGUUGUGAAACAAGUGACUGACGCAGCUAGGCGAAUUCUAGCGAAACCCAAAUCAAGAAAAAAGCCUUUAUCUAGCACACAAGUUAAAUCGAUUGUGCAAAGGUUGGAGAAAGGAUCCCUUGCUGAUCUCCAGGUAGCAGCGAUGUUUGCAUUGGGAUUCUAUGGCUUCCUUCGCUGGGAUGAUCUCAGUCGUAUUACCCCUGAGCAUCUCGAGUUUGCACCAACCCAUCUACUUGUUCACCUGGAGAAGAGAAAAAAUGACCAGUUCCGGAAAGGAACGCAAGUCCUGAUUGCAAGAGCGGACAGAGCACCAUGCCCGGUAGCUGUGGUUGAGAAAUUUCUGGGGAAGGGACGUCAUAAGCCAGGAAUCUCCAUUUGGAGACGUAUCCAGAGUACCAAAUAUGGUCAGGUACUUCGGAGUACGCCUAUGACAUACAGCCGUGCUAGCGAGUUGUUCAAGAAAGAAUUGGUGAAGGAAGGUCUUGAUGCUGAAGAUUAUGGUCUUCACAGUUUACGAUCUGGUGGUGCUACAACUGCAGCUGCUCUGGGUAUUCCAGACCGCCUGCUACAGAGGCAAGGAGGGUGGCGUACUGCGGAGGCAAAGAACAAUUACAUUGUUGAGUCAAAAAACUCGUUACUUCAU